GCGGGCGCAUGGUUGUUCUUGCACAUGAUUGUCAACUCGAAAGGGAGACGUACGUAUCACAAGCCCAGACACGAAUCCGGUUGUCCCAUAAUAGCGACCUAUGAAAUGCAACUAAAGCGCUGGGCGUGAAAGAUGUGCGACAGGGGCCGGACCGCGCCCACUUCCCCACCCAGGUCAAUGUUUGUUGGAACGAACUAGUGUCUACACCGCGCAUUUCGUACCCGUGUGUGUAGGUUCCGGAAGCCUCGUCCACUCGCGGAUGUCUACAGGAUACUACCGACUCGGAUCAGCACCGCCUCUUACUCUUUAAGACUCUUUGACAAGGAUGGUCGUUCGAGGCGUCCGGAUCCUUGCUAUGCCGAUUGACUCUCUCGUCAUCCACGAGGACGCGUUAUUCUCGAAUGGGAAAGGUCAUCCACUUGGUACGGGACUGCCUGGUACCGACCGAUUUAUUCCUCGCGUACCUCUCGCGUCCAGCAUCGGAGCCUCAUUCGCAUUGCUAACUGAGUUUACUCGGGUCUCACGGCCGCUUUAGCGCGGCCGUCGACCCCUUCGCCACCCACCCUCCUCCCCCCUCCCUACUCUCAUGCACGGCGACGCGCUCAUCGUGACCCUGGUCAGCCUGUGGUUCGUCUACACGUGCACCUUGAUCAUCAUCGUAUGGGCCGUGUUCUACACCUGCCGCGCGCUCCGCUGCCAUUGGUGCUCCACGGCGCUCCAAGGACCUCCUGCCACCGGGGAGUCAGUCGCCAGUUGCGCCGCGCGCUACGGGCCUGUGUUCUCGGUCCCGGUGCGGCUCUGGACCCGCAAGGUCGUCUUGUGUGACCCCAGAGCAAUAACGCACUUUUAUGCAAAUGCCGCUGGAAUCUACCGCCUCGAUCCCGGAACUCGCAAAAUCACAGAGAACCUCGUCGGCAGGGGCUUGACGUGGGUGGAUGGGGCGGACCACAGCGGUCAUAAACAAGCGCUUGCACCAUUUUUCAGUGCUUCCGCGGUUGCAGGUUAUUUUCCCGCAUUCUGCGACACGGUGGCCAAAGUAAGGGAGCCUGCUGCACGCUCGCAUCCUUGGAUCUCCCGCCGAUACUGUUGUAGGUCUACAACAAAUGGGGGAGCGCGCUGGAGUCGCAGCCUCUAGGAAUUGUAGUCGAGGCCCAUCAUUGGACAACCAGUAUCGUACUGGACGCGCUGGGCGUCACGUGCUUUAACCACAACUUUGACGCGCUCAGUGGCAACUACAACGUUGUUAUCGCCGCGUUCUUCGCGCUCCGGCUGCCCGCCGACUGGCUGUUCACCCAAGCGCUCAAGCACCCGUGGCUCCUGCGCAUCCCGUCUGCGAAGCACAAGGUCCUCAAGAACUUCGAGGGCUACGUCGACCGCAUGGCUGACGAUAUCCUGAACGGUUAUGAGAAGCAAGACACUUGUAUGAUGAGCUCGCUGAUCGACUCGCUCGCCAGGCAUCCUGCGGGCGAGUUCCGCUUGUCAAAGGCCGAGGUUUUGGCGCAGAUCAAAACGAUCCUAUUUUCUGGCUUGGAAACGACAUCAGUGACGCUGAGUGCAAGUAAUUUCCGGCGCUAUCCACCCUAGACUUAUCCGGGAUUCCAGUGGCUCCUCGUCGAAUUGGCUCGGAAUACAGCAGUACAGAACAGGCUGCGCUCUGAACUGGGGACGCUCCGCGGGAAACUUGACCCAGAGACGCUAUCAAGCCUGCCCUACCUCCAAUCGGUGGUGAGCGAGGGCCUGCGCUUCCACCCUCCCAUAACCGAAACGGUCCGCGUGGCCGCCGAGGACGACGUGAUCCCGCUCAGCGCGCCGAUCGUGACGAAGAGCGGCGAGUCCGUGACGAGCAUCCGCGUCGCGAAGGGCACCGCCGUAGCCGCCCCGGUCGCCUUCCUCAACAGCGCGCCGGCGCUCUGGGGCCCCGACGCGCACCGGUUCGACCCCGACCGGUGGUGGCUCCUGCAGGACGCGCCGGGGUUCCCGGGCGGCAUGCACCUCGCGCACGGCGACGGGCCGCGCAUGUGUCUCGGGACCGAGAUGUCGGGCGUGCUGAUCAAGGCUGGUGUUGCUCCUGCCGCCGCACACGCACCGCCAUAAGCUGAUAUUGGAGCGCAGGUCGUUCUGGCUGUGCUGGUGGGCAGCUUCGCGUUCGAGCUUCCGGGAAACGCACAAGUCGUCGAGGAUAGCGACGGGCGUCCGAAAUCGAAGGGACGCGGGGCAGAGCUGUUGAUGAUAGUCCGCAGGGCGUAAGGCGCGAGCGGACUUUUAUUUCGAAGCAGGAUGCUGCAGGAGAUCAAGAGAGCCAGCGACGCGUGGAUCGUGUUACGUGUAAGUUGUACUUCAUGGUCGAUGGAUGGACCGCACAGGUCCCGGUGUGGAAUAGCCGAGUUUUGUACCAUUUCGAACACAGAUAAUUUAUCGGGCUCUCAGUGAUG